GUUUUUCUUUACUUUCACAUGUGUAAAUAAGCCGCCAUAAGAAAAAUCUUUGGACGCAUGCGUACAAGCAUUUACGUCUCUUAAGUGUUUGAAUGUAAUGUUUUUCUUGACAAAUCAAUAGUACGUUUAAGAAACGCUGACCAAGAUGUCUGCGCCCAUGAAAUGAGAUGUGUCAAAGAAAUUUUCAGUUGUAAAACCUAUUUUCUACUAAAUUCAGAAACAUGGUAAAAAAUUCUGACUUGUACAAGAAUAAGACCAUGCUUGCCCCAAUGGUCAGGGUUGGAACUUUACCCAUGAGGCUACUUGCUGUGAAAUACGGGGCAGACUUGGUAUAUUGUGAGGAAAUUAUUGACUUCAAAAUUCUCAAGUCAAAGAGAAUUGAGAAUGCUGCACUUGGAACAGUGGAUUUUGUUUUGAGUGAUGGAACCAUCAUUUUUAGGACAUUUCCUGAGGAAAAAGACAAACUUAUCUUUCAAAUAGGCACAGCAGAUGCCAAAAGAGCACUGAAAGCUGCUCAGAAAAUACAAGACCUGGUUGCUGGUGUUGAUGUUAAUAUGGGUUGUCCAAAAGAAUUUUCAAUAAAGGGAGGAAUGGGAGCUGCUCUACUUACUCAACCAGAAAAGGUCAAAGAGAUUCUGACCACCCUUGUUAAUGGACUAUCAGUUCCUGUCACAUGCAAGAUCCGAGUCUUUCCAAACUUGGAGGAUACACUCAAGUUAGCUAGACUAAUAGAGAGUACAGGUGUGUCGGCAAUAGGUGUCCAUGGUCGUACAAAGGAGGAGAGACCAAGACAUCCUAAUCGUAAUGACGUCAUCAAGACUAUAUCAGAAACUCUCUCUAUACCAGUCAUUGCUAAUGGUGGAUCUAAGGAGAUAAAGGUGUAUGAGGACAUUGCUGUAUUUAAGCAGGCUAGUGGCUGUUCCUCUGUUAUGAUAGCUCGGGCCGCUGAGUGGAAUCCCACAAUAUUUAGACCAGAAGGAAAACUUCCACUUCUGGAUAUUGUCAAGGAGUACAUCAAAGUGGCCAUUGACUGGGACAAUAACUGGGUGAACACCAAGUACUGUGUUCUACAGAUGAUGCAUGACAACAUGCUGGAUUACCCAGAAGGGGAACUAACUCAGGCUGCAAUGAGCAUGGAGGAAAUAAGUGAGAUCUGGGGAUUGAAAGAAUAUUUCUAA